UGGAUGUGUGGAGGACUCUGCCUCCGUGCAUGCAUUUGGCUUUGCUCUUUUUCUUCAUGCAUUUUGAAAGUGUGUCAACUUUCGAGCUGACAUUGCUACACACCAACGAUGCUCACGCUCGGAUUGAGGAGAAUAGUAGAGAGUCGGGUAAAUGUAGCCCAGGUAGUCCUUGUUUUGGCGGAGUGGCCAGGAGGUUCACAAAAAUAGCAGACAUCCGGAGCAAAGAACGGAAUGUGUUAUUGCUGGAUGCUGGCGAUCAGUUUCAGGGUACUGUCUGGUUCAACUACUACAAAGGGGAGGAAGCUGCGUAUUUCAUGAACAAGCUUGGAUAUGAUGCGAUGGCAUUUGGAAACCAUGAGUUUGACAAUGGAGUGGAGGGCCUGCUCCGCCCUUUUCUGCAGAAGGUGAACUUCACUGUUCUCAGUGCCAACAUCAAGGCAGAUGCAACACUCGCCCCAACUAUCAAUGGUUACUAUCAACCCUACACAACAUUCACGAUGGGCUCUGAAAUAGUGGCUGUGGUAGGUUACACCUCAGUGGAAACUCCAGUCUUAUCCUUACCAGGUCCACACCUGAUCUUUGAGGAUGAGAUCAAAGCCUUGCAGAUCCAGGUGGAUAAACUGAUCGCUCUUGGUUACAAUAAGAUCAUCGCCCUUGGUCACUCUGGAUUUGACGUGGAUAUAGACAUCGCCAAGCGAGUGAAAGGCGUGGACCUGGUCAUCGGCGGACACACCAACACUUUCCUCUACACAGGGAGUGUCCCAUCUUCAGAGGUGCCGAUGGGUCCCUACCCCUUCACGGUGAGGUCUGAGGACGGGAGAGAUGUCCCUGUGGUACAGGCUUUUGCCUUUGGGAAGUACUUGGGAUACCUCAAUUUGGUCUUCGAUAAAGCUGGGAACGUGCUGAAGGCGAAUGGGAACCCCAUCCUGCUGGACAGCAGCAUAGCCCAGGAUCCAGGUAUCCUUGCUGAUGUUGACGAGUGGAAGAAGAACUUGGCCCAGUACUCGUCUCAGUACGUGGGGAAAACCCUGGUGUAUCUCAAUGGAUCCUUCAAUGAGUGCCGGUUCCGAGAGUGCAACCUGGGGAACCUCAUCUGUGACGCAAUGAUUCAUCACAAUAUCAAGUAUGCAGAUGAGAUCCAGUGGAAUCACGUCAGUUUAUGCAUCCUGAACAGUGGAGGCAUAAGGACAGGAAUAGAUGAAAGUCACAAAAAUGGCACCAUCACCAUGGAGGAAGUUAUAUCAGUCUUACCAUUUGGGGGCACUUUUGAUCUGGUGCAGUUGAAGGGGUCAACCUUGAAAAAGGCAUUUGAAAACUCUGUCCGAAGAUACGGGAGCAGCAGAGGAGAAUUUCUUCAAGUUUCAGGAAUCCAUGUGGAAUACGACCUGUCACGGUCGGUGGGGGACCGUGUGAUGUCCUUGAGCCUCCGCUGCUCUCAGUGCCGUGUGCCCAGAUACGAAUCUCUGGACCCAGACAGGCUGUACAAGCUGGUCCUACCAUCUUACAUCGCAGACGGAGGAGAUGGUUUUACCAUGAUUAAGGAGGAGAAACUGAAACAUGACACUGGUGAUCUGGACAUCUCGGUUUUCGGGAACUACAUCAAGGAGAUGAAGAGGGUGUACCCAACUGUGGAGGGCCGCAUCAAGUUCAGAAACUCAUCCAUGGCGGCUGGGGCCAACUGUCUGACUUUGUUACUGCUAGGCCUGAUGUGGGCCCUGUCCACAAGUUUAUGAGAGAUUAUUUCCAGAAGAUCACAAUAUGGCAGGUUUCUGUGGUGAUGUGUCACAUAUUUUUAUUUUUCUAAAACGGCUGCUGUUUAUGAGAAAGAGUAUUAUACUAUUUCAAGAAACAAUGUAUUUAUAUUUGCUUUACUACAGUAUAUGCAGGUACAUACAGGCAAGUGACACAAAAACUGCCAAUGACUUUGUUUUGUCACUUUUAUAAAGUCAUGUAUAUUUGCAUUUUAUUGUUGUUGCAAUUUAGCCGUAUUGAUUGACAUAUUUGUGAAAGUUAAUGAAAGCAAAAUAUUUUAGGUUAAAACCUUUUGAUACUUUCAGACCCCUCAAAGAUUUAGUAGAUGAAGAGCUGGUGCAUGUCAAAUGUGUAUUUUGCAUGCAGGAGUGCCUUCAGAAAGUAUUCAUACCCCUUGACUUCUUCCACAUUUUGUUGCGUUCCAGCCUGAAUUUAAAAUGAAUUAAAUAGAUUAAGUCAAGGGGUAUGAAUACUUUCUGAAUGCACUGUACAGUAAGUCUGACUGUCCUGUGUGUUCGGGGGAGCUGUUGUGUUUCCACUGAAGUGAUGACAGUUCCGAUGAAGGAAUCUAAAGAAUUCUCACCAUUUAGCUCUGAGGCAAGCCAAAUAAUACCAUGGAAAAACCCAUGGCAUUAAAACAUCACUAUUUCCAAGUCUUUCCGGAAAGGCAGGACUGCAAGCUGCCAAUGACAGCGGCAGAGUGCAGACUAAAAUGAGUCAUGGCUCUGAACAUGCGCAUGUUUACUUCAUGAUAAUUAUAGGCCUAUAAGGGCACAAGGCGAGACCCAAAUGCAGACACAGGAGGCAAAUGGUAGAGCUCCGAUAUUUAUUAUAACAAAGGGAGUAGGCAAAGGCAGGUCGGGGACAGGCAAUAGUUCAUAACCCGGGUCAGAGUCCAAACAGUACCAGGCAAUAGGCAGUCUCAAGGUCAGGCCAGGCAGGGGUCAGAAACCAGAUCAAGUCCAAAACAGUACCAGGCGAUAGGCAGUCUCAAGGUCAGGCCAGGCAGGGGUCAGAAACCAGAUCAAGUCCAAAACAGUACCAGGCGAUAGGCAGUCUCAAGGUCAGGCCAGGCAGGGGUCAGAAACCAGAUCAAGUCCAAAACAGUACAAGGGGAUAGGAAGUAUGUUGGUCAGAACAAGCAGAGUGGUCAGGCAGGCGGGUUCGGAGUCAGAACAGGCAAGGGUCGAAACCAGGAGGACUAGAAACAAACAGAGACUGGGAAAAAUAGGAGCAAGGAAAACCACUGGUUGACUUGGCAAACAAGCGGAACUGGCACAGUGAGACAGGAAACACAGGGAUAUAUACACCUGGGAUAAUAAGCGACACCUGGAGGGGGUGGAGACAAUCACAAGGACAUGUGAACCAGAUCAGGGUGUGACAAGGCCAGACAAGAAACGAUAUGGGGAGGUUUAAAAAAGCAGCGACCAAGUUUGAUUAAUGAGUCUUCAGACAUUUUUCUUUUAUUACCACAAUCAUGUUCAGUCACUUCCCCUUUUCAGUAUUAUUGUUUUAUGAAUCAGUAAACAUUAUCACAAGUGCAGCGGUAUGAGUGGUUUUAAGUGCUGUAUAUACAGUUUAUUCCAACAACAUGCAGCAGAUGAAGCAGAGACUAAAGCCAGACAAUCCUCUUGCCACGUCCAUGGAGCCAUGUUAGAAGCAGUCUCCUGCUGUCCCUGCUGCUGGUUGAAACCCCCCCCCAUAAAAUCCACAUGUACAAUCAAUGUAUGUAUUAACAUUAAGGCUGUAAAGCCCAAACAUCUGUGUAUGCUGAUGCAGUGAAAAUAAUUAAAAACAUUGAAUAAUGAAGUAAGCUUUAUGUGACAUAUUUUUGAGUAUGGACCCAUUACACAUUUUUGUUUGUAUUAACAAUGAUGGAAUUAUUAUAGGAUGAAUGUUCUGCUUUAUCAGUCAGUAGAGCCAUACUUCAGCAUUUCAAUAAAGUGAAUUAAACAUUGAAAAGUAUUGUCUGGAAAAGUUGUGUGAAUCAAAUGACAUGUUCCAACACAGCUACUAGAGUCUCCUAGCAGACAUGCAGGUGCCUCACUUUCAAUAAGUUACAUUGAAAUAAUCAUAACAUAACUCAUCA